UCAGUGCAGCGAGGCCAAUGUCCAUCCGCUGCAUGUCUGGCCCAUCAUCAAUACUGCGCCCAUCCACCAGAAAGGGUCAUUUGAGGAGGUGGAAGAGGAAGUGGGGGCUGAAGCAGGAGAUGCUGAGCUGCUGGCUCAGCCCGGAGAGAGGAUUUCAUUGGAGCUUCCUGGGUCCAGUCUGUGCCAUAAUCCUGAUAAAUAUAACGUUCUUUGCUCUGACCCUGUGGACCCUCAGAAACAGACUCUCCUCCCUCAGUGCAGAUGUGUCCACCCUCAGAGACCACAGGUUACUGACCUUUAAAGCCAUCUCCCAGCUCUUCAUUCUGGGCUGCACAUGGAGUCUUGGUCUCCUCCAAGUCGGCCCAGCAGCCACAGUCAUGGCGUAUUUAUUCACCAUCGUCAACAGCCUGCAGGGAGCCUUCAUCUUCCUGGUGCACUGUCUCCUCAAUCGCCAGGUGAGAGAGGAGUACAGGAGAUGGAUCAAGGGAUUCCGAACGUCCAGCACAAAAUCUCAGACAUCCGAUCUAUCCAUGUCUGCUUUCCCCACCACCAAGAUGGUAAGAGGUCCUGUGCUCUGUUCCAGUACCAGCCUGUGAAACAGUCAUCUCUAGCUGGGUCUCAUUACUGCUGUAAAGGUACUUUGCCCCCCGAAUGAGUCAGGAUUGUUUAUGAGCCAGCUGGGAACAUCACUGCAAGUGUUAGUGAGAGUUGGUCACUAUCGAGGGGUAUCCUAG